AGUAUGAGGCUGUUGACCUCAAAUCCCCAUGAAGGCGAUCGACAGCUCCGCCAUCAAGUACUCCUCACAUGGCCCUUCCUCUGGCUGCGAGUAGCUCCAGACCCUUCAUAGGACACCAUCCCUUCAAGUUUGGGGCACACCCUUCUCCGUUCGCACCCCCCUGCCUUCUUCCCGGCACCUCUCUUCGCAAUUCUACUCAUUUUCCGACUUGUAGAAGGCUCAGAAUGGAAAGCCAAUCGUGUUGCUCUUCUUUUCCCGAUGCAACUUCUGCGGAUCUGGAUGUCUCUUCUGCUGGUUUGAUUAGAGAAGAGGAUUUACUAAUUGUGGGUCCUGGUGUGCUCGGUCGUAUUGUGGCAGAAAAAUGGAGAUUGGAAAAUCCAGCGUGCAAAAUUUUUGGACAGACAGUGACUACAAAUCACCAUGAUGAGUUGCUUAAGAUUGGGAUUACACCUUCCCUAAGAGAUUCAAAAACAACAUAUAAGUUUCCAUAUGUCAUCUUUUGUGCUCCUCCUUCUCAAACCAUAGACUAUCCAAGUGAAUUAAGGCUAGCUGCAUCAAAGUGGAGCGGUGAGGGCUCAUUCUUGUUUACAUCAAGCACAGCUGUUUAUGACUCCGAAGACAAUGGGUGGUGCUCUGAGGACAGUCCAGUUUUGCCAAUUGGGAGAAGUCCUCGGGCAGAUGUUCUUCUUAAAGCAGAAAAGGAAGUCCUUGAGGUUGGUGGCUGUGUGGUUAGACUAGCAGGACUUUAUAGUUCUAGUAAGGGUGCCCACUUAUAUUGGCUGGAGAAAGGCACUGUUGACAGUCGUCCAGAUCAUAUACUGAAUCUUAUUCACUAUGAGGACGCAGCAUCUCUUGCAAUUACAAUUUUAAAGAAGCAGCUUCGCGGUAGGGUGUUCUUGGGUUGUGACAAUCAUCCUUUAUCGAGGGUGGAGCUGAUGGACAUUGUGAAUAGAAGCCGAAAAUUCAACAAAACCUUUCAGGGAUUUACUGGAACUAGUGGCCCACUGGGGAAGAGGUUAAGCAACUUGAAAACACGCGCCGAGCUUGGUUGGGAGCCAAAAUACCAGAGCUUUGAGAGUUUCCUGGGGGUAUGAAGUUGCGAUUCCUCUGAGUAAUGCUAGAUGCAGGGACAUCCACAAUUUUGGGACUCUUAAACGUUACUGUUGAACAAUCACAUUUUUCACGGCCACGCAGAUCAUUCACCUGCCACUAUUGUUUUCAGCAUAUUCAAAUAAACGUUGCAGCUUGGUAUCAUCAUACCACCCGUACCUGAAUGUACUGAGAUCAUUGUUCAAAUUUAAGAUCUGGAAAAUCCAGAUGAGUGACUGUUUAAGGCUUCUAUUGCCCAGCACACGCAGGUCUUGGAACCAAAAGGAGGGGAAGUGGGAGCGGUUUCGAUGGUGAAAGUGAAAUACCACUACUUUUAACAUUACCUUGCCUGUUUUGUUAGUCUCUGGUUAUUGACUUAAUGCGAUUGUGGUAACAGAAUACCCAAAGAAUGGUAUUUGACAAUUCCAACCAGUGGCUUCUCUUGGAUUAUCAAAAGAUUGGUGCUUGACGGCAGAUAUUUUUUGGCUUGAUGAGGCUUGUUCUUCCCCAUCAUGUGAACUGAAAUUGGGUUUCUGAAAUCAAAGUGUUGUUAAACACA